UGCGGGCCCGGCGGCGCCGCAGCCCAUGGAGCUCGAGAACAUCGUGGCGAACACGGUGCUGCUCAAGGCCCGGGAAGGUGGUGGCGGGAAUCGCAAAGGCAAGAGCAAGAAAUGGCGGCAGAUGCUGCAGUUCCCUCACAUCAGCCAGUGUGAGGAGCUGCGGCGCAGCCUCGACCGGGACUACCACAGCCUGUGUGAGCGGCAGCCCAUCGGGCGCCUGCUGUUCCGAGAGUUCUGUGAGACCCGCCCGGAGCUGACCCGCUGCAUCGCCUUCCUGGACGGGGUGGCUGAGUAUGAAGUGACCCCUGAUGAGAAGCGGAAGGCGUGUGGGCUGCGGCUAAUGCAGAAUUUCCUGAGCCACACGGGUCCUGACCUUAUCCCUGAGGUCUCCCAGCAGCUGGUGACAAACUGCGCCCAGCGGCUGGAGCAGGGGCCCUGCAAAGACCUCUUCCAGGAGCUCACCCGGCUGACGCACGAGUACUUGAGCGUGGCCCCGUUCGCAGACUACCUCGACAGUGUCUACUUCAACCGCUUCCUGCAGUGGAAGUGGCUGGAAAGGCAGCCAGUGACCAAAAACACCUUCAGGCAGUACCGAGUCCUGGGCAAAGGUGGCUUUGGGGAGGUGUGCGCCUGCCAGGUGCGGGCAACAGGCAAGAUGUACGCCUGCAAGAAGCUGGAGAAGAAGAGGGUGAAGAAGCGGAAAGGCGAGGCCAUGGCGCUCAACGAGAAGCAGAUCCUGGAGAGAGUGAACAGUAGGUUUGUAGUGAGCCUGGCCUACGCGUACGAGACCAAGGACGCCCUCUGCCUGGUGCUGACGCUGAUGAAUGGGGGUGACCUCAAGUUCCACAUCUACCACAUGGGCCAGGCGGGCUUCCCCGAGGCACGGGCCGUCUUCUACACUGCAGAGAUCUGCUGCGGCCUGGAGGACCUGCACCGGGAGCGCAUUGUCUACAGGGAUCUGAAGCCUGAGAAUAUUCUGCUGGAUGAUCACGGUCACAUCCGCAUCUCAGACCUGGGGCUGGCCGUGCACGUGCCCGAGGGCCAGACCAUCAAAGGCCGUGUGGGCACAGUGGGCUACAUGGCUCCGGAGGUGGUGAAGAACGAGCGGUACACAUUCAGCCCAGACUGGUGGGCCCUCGGCUGCCUCCUGUACGAGAUGAUCGCGGGCCAGUCGCCCUUCCAGCAGAGGAAGAAGAAGAUCAAGCGGGAGGAGGUGGAGCGGCUGGUGAAGGAGGUGCCCGAGGAGUACUCGGAGCGCUUCUCCUCGCAGGCCCGGUCGCUCUGCUCCCAGCUUCUCUGCAAGGACCCAGCCGAGCGCCUGGGCUGUUGUGGGGGCAGCGCCCGGGAAGUGAAGGAGCACCCCCUCUUCAAGAAGCUGAACUUCAAGCGCCUGGGAGCUGGCAUGCUGGAGCCGCCCUUCAAGCCCGACCCCCAGGCCAUUUACUGCAAGGACGUCCUGGACAUCGAGCAGUUCUCCACAGUCAAGGGGGUGGAACUGGAGCCCACAGACCAAGACUUCUACCAGAAGUUUGCCACGGGCAGCGUUCCCAUCCCUUGGCAGAACGAGAUGGUGGAGACCGAGUGCUUCCAGGAGUUGAAUGUCUUCGGGCUGGAUGGCGCAGUGCCCCCAGACCUGGACUGGAAGGGCCAGCCGCCUGCACCCCCCAAGAAGGGCCUGCUGCAGAGACUCUUCAGCCGCCAGGAUUGCUGCGGGAACUGCAGCGACAGUGAGGAAGAGCUCCCCGCCCGCCUCGAGUUCCCCACCCACCUCUAGCCCCCACCCGGAGACCCCCUUCGGCAGUUGGCGGUAGCAGCUACUCCGAAUGCUGUUUACAGUUUUACACCUUGGUCUUCCCCAAGUGGCCACUCGAGUGGUGGCCAAGGGGGACACAGCCUGAGCCAGCGCCAGGGUCCUCUGCCUUUCAACCGCACCCCCCCCAGCCCCCCCCACCGGGGCCUGGCUGAGUCUGGAGAGGCCUGGGCUGUCUCUGGGGCAAAGGCGUGCCCCUUGCGCUUCUGUAUUUAUGUCUUUGUACGAAUGUGCACAGCGACCGGAGCGUCCCUACGACCCCACCCUGGACCAGGCGCCCAGGCUCUGCUCUGGGGCAGCCAGCCCUGGCCUGGGAGAGCCAGGAAACCGGCAGGGGAGCCACUGCCAAACUCAAGGCUCCUUGGAGCCCAGCUCAGGUCGGGCCGGACUGAGGCUGCUGGGCUGGGCCAGGGCCCCCCACCCCCAGCACUGUGCUCGCCACUGCAGACCUCUGAGUGAGAAUUGUGCCUGCCCCUGCACCCUGGCAGCAGCCACUCUAUCGGGGGCCCACCGCUGUCCCUGCUCAGUGCUUGUCAGGGCCAGACUGAGGCUGCUGCACCGCUCAGCCUGUGCCAAAGAGUGGCCGGAGAUUGGGUGGACCCUGGGACCCUCAUCUACUGCCUGGGCCGUCCCUGCUGGGUCUGCCUCUGCCUCUGCCUUCCGGCUCCCAGGGUGCAGCCCCAUUUAUGCUGGGCCCUG